AUGAACUCGCCACAGCCUCCCUCACAAGCGAACUCCCACUUUCCACUAGAGCCAAUUCCAGCCUCGGUUCUGGCCGAAAAGGAAGCUCAUAGACGUGAUGCUGUCGCACUCCUGGGUUCCUGUAAGACAGGCUGUGUAGUUGUAGAUGAGGAUGUUUUACUGGGUGGUUUUGAUCGUGCAAGUAUUGUGGGCGUCAGCGCCGAGGACGAAGAAUUGGGUGUUCAGGUGAGAAAAACGCAGAGCCAAGGAAAUGCUUCUGAAAAGGCCAUUUUGCUGAUUUUCCUUGUCUACAAGCUCGGCCUCCAAACACUGGCGCAUUCUUUAUGUGAGGGGACAGUCACGAAUGGACUGCUCAUUACGCCCAAGCCAACGAGCGUAAUGCUGACUGGUUUAAGGGACGCAAUCAAGGCAGAGCUUCAGAAACGAGCAGGCACCGAAGAUAUCAAGGCAAGAUUGAGGGAAUGUCUUGACAAAGUGCUGCUGUCUCGAGUAUUUGAUUUGGAUGGUCUAUGGGAGGUCUUGGCAGAUCUGGAUCGAAGUGCACCAGUUGAAGAAGAAGCCGUUUCACUACACCAAGAAAAGGAGACACAGAAGCAAGUCGCAACAGAGGCACAGGUUGAAGAGAUCCAGGACAGUCAGGACGAAGACGAUGAGGCGUUCUCGCCCAUACAGCAAGCUUCACAACCCCCACUGCAAGAGGAAAAGCUGCCCAGCGAAGCAGCACAGCAUCCAGAGGUUAUUGUGAUGACGCAUUUCUCCUCGCUUCUCACAAGCCUCUUUGCUCACCGAGAGAGGUCAGCCGCCCGUACUUCUCUUCAGCUUUUAGGUUCUCACCUACGCGACCUCUCACGCAAUCUCCCGUCUAACCCAUUGAUUCUUCUACUCAACUCCACAUCAUCAAGCUUCUCGGGCCCAGCGUCUACCACCACUGCAACCUCUCCUGCGAAACAAGCCUUCAUCGACCCAACUCUACGAUCCAUCUUCAACCCACCCUCAGCUACAGGCUACAGUAGUCGACGAACCAAACCUAACUUUGGUCUUUCUUUCACUCAGCUACUGGAUUUGCACAUUUUAUGUACUAGGAUCCCCAAGAAGAGAACAGUUGCAGAGCUGGUAGUCCAACCGCGCUCUGGAGAGGAGGCUAAGAUGGUAUGGGCUGUGGAGGUGUUGUUGGAUGAGAUGGGAGUUUGGGAAAGUAAGAUGGGGGCUAGGGCGGGGAGGGAACAGAGAUGGACUGUCAUCGAUGUUGUGAAGGGGAGGAUUGAGCGUGCUUUUGAUAAUGCAGAGGAAGGGGCCAAAGUUCCGAAUACAAGCGAGUCAAUGUCUCAACAGAAUAGCACGUAUGGGAUGGGAUGA